ACCAAUGUACAAUCGGGCCAUUGUUGCACAUUGUUCUUCUUCUUUGCAGAACAAUUCUGACAUUUGGCGAUAACUGACUUUGACUUUGACAUUUAUCUCUGCUUGAGCUUGUGUCAUGUUUCGUGGAGAGAGGUGUGGUGUUGACUAAUUUUAAUGUUGAUAAUAGAAAUAAAUAAGUAGAUAGUUGUUUUUCUUAGUAUUAAUUAAAAUGGAUAGUGAAGGUAGAAAAGUAAUUGUAUGUGAUAAUGGUACUGGGUUCGUUAAGUGUGGGUAUGCCGGCAGUAACUUCCCUGCUUAUAUAUUCCCUUCAAUGGUAGGAAGGCCCAUAAUUAGAGCAGUCAACAAAAUAGGUGAUAUUGAAGUUAAGGGUUUACAUGUAGAUGGAGUGGCAAGUACUCUUCCUGAUCUCAUGGUAGGAGAUGAAGCUUCGGCUCUUAGAUCACUUUUAGAAGUCAAUUACCCAAUGGAAAAUGGCGUCGUCCGAAAUUGGGAAGAUAUGUGCCAUGUCUGGGACUAUACGUUUGGUCCUAAAAAGAUGGACUUGAAUCCAAGAGAUACCAAAAUACUACUGACUGAACCUCCUAUGAACCCUACCAAAAAUAGGGAAAAAAUGAUUGAAGUUAUGUUUGAAAAGUAUGGAUUUGCCGGUGCUUAUGUUGCCAUUCAAGCUGUGUUGACUCUUUAUGCCCAAGGUUUAUUAUCAGGUGUUGUAGUUGAUUCUGGGGAUGGAGUGACCCAUAUAUGUCCAGUUUAUGAAGAAUACGCACUGCCUCACCUCACUAGGAGACUGGACAUCGCUGGACGGGAUAUAACCCGUUAUCUUAUUAAAUUGUUAUUGCUCAGAGGAUACGCAUUUAACCAUUCUGCGGAUUUUGAAACCGUACGAAUGAUGAAAGAAAAGCUGUGUUAUAUAGGUUACGACAUAGAAACUGAACAGCGUCUAGCUUUAGAAACAACGGUUUUAGUAGAGCCAUAUACUUUACCGGACGGAAGAAUCAUCAAAGUAGGAGGAGAACGAUUUGAGGCUCCGGAAGCCCUCUUUCAACCGCAUUUGAUCAAUGUUGAAGGACAAGGCAUCGCCGAAUUAGUAUUUAAUACUAUACAGGCUGCAGAUAUAGAUAUGCGACCGGAACUGUACAAGCACAUCGUCCUGUCGGGAGGUUCCACAAUGUAUCCCGGGCUUCCUUCUAGAUUAGAACGAGAAAUAAAACAGUUAUAUAUAGAGCGGGUACUUAAAAACGACAUUGAAAAGCUCAACAAAUUCAAAAUUAGAAUAGAAGACCCUCCUAGAAGGAAAGACAUGGUGUUCAUAGGCGGAGCCGUUUUAGCCGAAGUUAUGAAAGACAGAGAUGCGUUUUGGCUAUCUAAACAAGAAUAUGAAGAACAAGGAUUGAAGAUAUUAAAGAAAUUGGGAGCCAGAGCGGUAUGAAUGAUGUUAAAAGAGUAAAUAAAAUGGUAAUUGUCGUUCGUUGAUCUAAAUAAUGGAUUUGAACCAGCUGAUAAUCAAUAUGUUUAUAGAUUUUUAACUGUCAGUUUGAUGCCUGUAUUAAAAAGUUGGUUGCAUGACAUCUCGUAACGCGACAGUUCGUAACCCCAUAUAUGGUAACGGACAAGUUACAAUGAUGUAUCAUCAAGAAGUAUUUGAGUUUUUUUAAUAUUCUUUACAAAAUGUCGUUUUGGUAUUCAUUCAUUCAUCACUGUACACCAACGCAGGACUCAGCACACUCCUGUAUAUCUUUCCUUUCAACCCUUCACCGAUUUUUCGAUCACAGAGUACCACGCAGAGCUGGGCAGUAGCUGGGUACAAGUACCCGAAUUUUGUACUCUAAGUACAUUUUUGGUACUCAGUACUCGAGUACAUUUUCAAUAAAGUACUCGGUACUCGUACCCGUCGCGUAUGGGUAAAAUACCCGGUACCCGCGUUUAUUAUACGAGUACAUUUUCCGAGUACUAUUUGUAAGUCUAAACGUGCCGCUGCAUGUGGGACAACUUAUUAAUAGCAACACGCAAAACGUCGUUUUCAGUAUCUGUCCAUUCGCAAAGUCUAGCAAACGUCUAUUCUCUUAUGCCAUAGUAAUUAAUAGCCCUCGAAGAAAUGCUCUGAAGAACUGAUGAAACUUUGAAAAAUUAGUUAUCUUAAAAGCCAAUAAAAUUAAUCAUUGAGUGUAGGUGGUGUUAUACUGAUUACAGUAAAACCUGUGUUACCGGCCACCUGUACUUACGGUCGGUUUCAAAUUCCCCAAACCAAUUAUAUGUAUAUUCCCUUACUUAUGACCUGCUAUUUACGGCCACCCUUAUAAUACGAACGCGGCCAAAUAAUCACAUAUUUUUAAAGCCCAUUUUAUUGAAAUUAAAUGUGAAUGUCGGCCAAAAUAAUUUUGUUAAAAUAAUUUUGUCUAUUAAUUUGUUGAUGGAAAUUCUUAGUACUAUUUAUUAGGACCUAUUGUAUCUAGUGGUCACAAGGUUUUUAAAAUCCUAUAAUAAUAAAAUGUCGUAAAAGAGAAACGUUUGACACUAUUUAUAAGUAUGAUUUAAAUUCACAAAAGUUGGCCGAAAAAUAUGAUGUAAAAACUCAAAUUAUCAAAGGAUAUGAAAAAAUAAAAUUGAGUUGAAAAAUUCUUUAAAAAAGCUUAACAAUCUGUUUUUUCCGUAGUAUAGUAUGUACCUACCUAGUUUUGUUUUAUAUUAGGAUAUUAAAGUAAUUUUAGUAGUUUCCGUUUUUGUAUAGAAUUAUAUUUGCUUUUACUAACAAAAUAAACAAAGUUCCAAUUAUCUUUUAUGUAUUUGUGGACUACGAAAACGGGAAAUACUCUCCACCUUUCUAUAUCGGCCAAUAGUUCCUUCAUUUUUAGUGGUCGUUACUGACAGGUUUUACUGUAUUAAUCAGUGAUCAAUUUUUAAAAUUCUAAUUUUUUUAUUUAAGUUGGAAUUGUACGUUAUUGUAUAUUUUCAUGACUCAUAAAUACAUAUGUUUAGAGAUGCAGAGAUAAUUAUUGCCUUCUUACCUUCUUUUGGGUUCUAUAUUCAAAUGUACUCGAAAUAAGUACCCGAGAAAUUCGGGUAAUUGUACUUUGAGUACUUUUUUUGAGCAAUAUACUCGGUACUCUAUACUCGUUUCUCAAAUAUGAAAAGUACCCAGUACUCUGUACCCAAGUACAAUUUAUCAGUAACCGGUCUAGCUCUGGUACCACGCUUAUUCGAUUCUAGUUAUUACACGAUAUUUUAUGGAUUUUGGAUUCCAAACCACGGAUGGAUUAUUAUAAAAUAUCAUGUAAUAACUUUUUUCUAGAUGCAACUCUGCAUGUACUGAAUUAUUACCCUGAUAACUAUUCUACUGUACAUACGUGUAAGUUUUCUGGGUGUAAACAAACCUCUUCUUACGUGACGCAUAAUUAGAGAUAACCAUUUACUCAUCUAGGAUAGCAUAUGUCUACUUAAAAUCAUGGCUUUGGUCUUGUUACCAAUAAACUGAAGUACUUUCCCAGUUUUUAUUCUCUGAAGUACUUUCCUAGUUUUUAUUCCCUUAAGUACUACUGUAUCCGCUGUGAGCUCGUACGUAGAGGGGAUAUUUACAAAUUCUCGAGCGCCAGUAGUGGCAAGUCUGUAAACGUUUACCGGAAAUUUGACAUAAAUGUCAAAGUGAUUAAUGUAAAAUUAAAAUUAAAAACUUUAAUUAUAAAAAAUAUUAGUUGGUCAAAGCUGUGGUAUAUAUUUUUACCUUAAAUAUACUUACGUUUUAAAUACUGAAUUUAAGUUUUUUUAAUGUUCCGUAAUAUGUAAUUAUAAUUUAAUCUAAAAAUCUUAGCGCCAUCUACACGAUAAUUGUGAAAGUAUCCGAAGUAAGAAAUUCAUAUUUUAUCAAUAGAACGUCAAAAUUAUUAGCAAAAUCUUAAAAAAAUCGAUUACAAUUUAAUUAAUUUUUUGCGUUGUAAAUGUUAAGCGAUAACAAUUAAAUAAUAAAUUUAAAAAUUACCGGUGAAAGAUAAUUCCAGUAAUCCGCUAGGAGCGCCACCAGCGAAGCUCAGAGCGUAUAUAUAUUUAAUACAAUGGUAGAUUUUAAAAAAAGGUUAAAUACUUGGAUAUUUUUAACGAAAAUGGCGAAAGUAGACCGUAUUUUUAAUUAAAUUGUGGUUUAUUCGCACCAAAUUUAGUGGCAAAUGGCGAAUUGCACUCUACCACUUAGGCUUUGUUCUCAAAUUUUUUUGUUAACUGUAUAAUAUCGUUAUCAAACUGUCACUAAAGCUUUCUAAAAACAUACGGAUGUCAGCUGUCAAAUCACGUGGUUAUGCAGUUUCUUAGGAAAUACACUGUUGCAGUGUCUUAAGAAUAUUUAGGUCAAGGAAAAGUUCUACUUAAAAUUAGCCAAAAAUGUUGUAUUAUAUAUUUCCAUUAUUUUUAAAAUUAUGUGCGAUAAGAAUGGGCAUUGUGAUUUUUUAACUAGAUUAUAUUACACAGAUUAAAAGUAUUCAAAAUUAUGUAUUAACUAUGUAUUAACAUUUUGUGUUAGACACACACCACAAAAGUAAUAGUUCAAUAGAACCAGCUAAUGUUAAAAUCUGGUAAUAAUAAUUCACACUACCUAAUUGCUUUCGAUGUACACUUAAUUAAUGUUAACACCGACAACUAAACUAUAACGAAAAAGUGAAGAAAAGCCCUUAAAUUGAUAUUUUCUUCAGAGAACUUCAAAAUGUCGUUUUUUAAUUUGACGUUUAUUUGACACUUGAACUUAUUUGUAUAAUAAAUUUUAUCAAAAAUAGUAAAUAAAAAUAUUACAUUAACGUCAAAUACGUCAUAUUAUGUGUAUCAUAUGUUUAACGUCAAAUUGUGUUCGCCAAAAAUUUCAGGCCACUACGCUAGGUGUCGCGUCAGUCAUGCACGGAGUGAAUAUCGGCAGUCUAAUAGCAACACGUGCCUGGGAGUUUUGGCAACACUGAUCUGCAUAAUCCAAACAUUCCGUUCUUGACGUGAAAUAAAGUACAUAUAAGCGUAUUUGUUUUCCGCUGGAUAAACUCAGCGGGUGCUUGGGCAUGCGUAGUACGCAAUAAUGAGUUUAUAACUCAUUAUUAUUUAAUGUUUUAAAGUUUGAAUUAACAAUUUCGAUUGAUCUAAAAAAUAGAUUUACAGUGGAAUAAUGGACGUACAGUUUGGUACUGAACUAGAAUAUUUAUUUAUAGAAGUAUUUAUUUAAAUAUUGAGGUUAGAUUCGUCGAUACGUCAAACAUGAAAUGAAAUGUUAGACAAAUACGUUCAGGCGGUUUUUCUCUGCUGGAUUUAAGCCGCUGGUUACAACCACUAAGCCGCUUUUUGCUUAAAGUCAGUCGCUGAGGUCGCCUGAACGCACCCAAUGAACAUAAAUUUUCUUGUGAGCUUUAAUUUAGUCUUAUUAGUUUGUUAGGAAAUAAGCAGUGCUCAGCUCGUGUGCUGAUAUAAUACUGAAAAUAUAAUCGUAGUUAAAUGAUGUAUAGCAAAUUUCCCAUUCUUAUUGAUGCUUUAUUCUUUGUUAGAUUUAAAAGAUUCCUUGGAACCUAAAUGUAAAUUCUCGGUCAAUCAUUUUGCUACUUAUUAUUAAAUGAAAUAUCUCCAAAGUUACUGUCAAAUAGUACAAUAGUUAUCUUAAUGAAGUGUUAGUAUUUAUUUCAUUUGUAAAGACUACUGUUUAUUAUAUUUCUUAUUUUUAAUAUUGCGCAUUUUAUUUUAUUUUAUUAAAAUUGUAGAAUAAUUUUAUAUAUACUUCGAUAAAAUAAAUUUAGUUAUUUAUU